AUGGCCGACACCGCGUCUACUCCCGCCGAUGGCGCCGUCAAGAACCCUGGCAAGCCUGACGAAGUCAAGUACAAGGCUGACUUAGCUGAGGCGCAAAAACAGCAUGAUGCCUCCAAGGAGAAAUUCCAAGCUGCUAAGACUAAGUUCGAGGGCGCCACCGGCUCAGGUCGGAGGGAUCCCAACGAUCGUUACGGACUCCUUGUGAAAGACCAACAAGAGAUCCGGAAGAAGCAAGGCGAACACAAGUCGGCCAAGUCCCAGCAACGCAACGUUCAUGAUCGAAAUGAGGCCGAGAUCAAGAAGCUCAUCCAGGAGCAGAAGGACGCCCGCGGCCGUGCUGGCUUCAAGAGCGCUGACGAGAUCGAUGCAAAGAUCGAGUCUAUCAACAAGCAGAUCGACUCGGGUACCAUGAAGGUCGUCGACGAGAAGAAAGCUCUCGACAACAUCAGUCAGCUCAGGCGCCAGAAGAAGGGAUUCUCGAACCUCGAUGACCUUCAAAAGAAGAUCGACGAAAAGAAGGCCGAGAAUGCUGAGCUCAGGAAGACUUUUGACAAUCCAGAAGUUCGCGCCCUGCAAGAGAAGUACGAGGCCAACCAGAAAGAGCUUGAUGAGAUCAAGUCGGCUCGUGAAGGUGACCGGAAGAACAUCGAUGCCCUCCGAGCUAGCAAGGACAACUUGUAUGAUGAGCAGAAUGAAGCCUACAAGAAUGUCAAGGCUAUCAAGGACGCCUACUUCGAGCAACGUCGCGCGUACAAAACAUGGGAGGACAACUAUUACCAGCAGCGUCGCGAACGUGCCAAGGCUGAGCGGGAAGCAAAUGACAAGGAGAAGCGUCGCCGUAUCGCCGAGGCCAAGCUUGAAGAGGCUUCGGAGCCUGCUUUCCUUGAUGAGAUCCGUACUUCAGAAGGUCUGAUCAAGCACUUUGAUCCCUCGUACACGACUACAGAUGGCGAGGCCACUCCGGCGAAAUAUGCUGCUUCUGCUCAACGCACCAUCGAUGACUCGGGCUUCAAGGGUAUGAAGGUUAUGAAGAAGGAUGAAGAGGACUUCUUCGUUGGUGGUGGUGGCAAGAAGAAGGGCAAGGGCAAGAAGCCUGCUGCCUCAGCUGCCGACUCCAAGUUCAACAUGAACAUCGGUAUCAUCGAAGAGUUGGCCAAGGUUGGUGUAGACCCGCCAAGCACCAAAGACGAUGUACCCAGUGUCGUGGAGAAGCUCAAGGCGAAGGUCGAGAACUGGAAGAAGAAUCAGAAGGAGCAGACCGAGAAGAACAUCGAGAAGGCCAAGAAGGAGAUUGAGCGCCUCGAAAAGGAGGCUAGUGAAUCGGCCGCUGCCUCGCCUGCUGAAGGUCGCCGUGAUCGCGGCAAGAAGGUCGCCCAGGCCAAUGUUGAGCCCACAGCCGAAGCCGAGCAGGAUCAGGAGAAGGAUGGUGUUGCAGAUGCCACAAAGGAGCUAAACGAUGCCAAGAUCGAGGAUAACGAGACCCCUGAGGUUGCUUCCGGCUGA